GUUCCAACGACGGCGGCGUGGGUUCGCCUGUGUGACACAAUUACAACAACUUUGAGCUGGUGGUUGGGGGAAGUUUGUGAUAUUACCAAAUAAAUCCUGAUAAAAAACACCCUGCGAAAAGUGCUGUAUGCAUCACACGGUAUUGACUGCAUAAAGUAUUUUCUACAAAACAAAAAACAAUGUAAAGGGAAAUCAUUUGGAAGGCUUCUUUUUCCUAGAGGAUUUACAAUUGUUUUCACGUAUUAAUCCUGGAGGGGGGGGGAAAGUUACUUUCCUCGUAUCUGUUUUUACGCUCGAUUUUUAAAGAAUCGUCGGAGUCUCCCGCCCACUUUCCAGCCGCGUUUUCAUGAAAUCGUGCGGAGUGUCGCUCGCCGCCGUCGCCUGCGUUUCUGCUCGGAGUCUCGGCGCCGCUGGUGAUGAGGAAAAGAAAAUGGCGGCGGGAAAAGCGAGCGAGACCGAGGAGGACUUCCCGAGGCUGACGGCGCAGGAGAGGGACCGCCUGGGCGGGAUGGACAGCUCUCUAUUUGGAUUUCAGAGGCUUCAUGAAGAUGGCGCCAGAACGAAGGCCUUGCUGUUAAAGGCCAUUCGCUGCUACGACUCUGUGAUCCUGAAGGCCGAGGGGAAGGUCGAUCCCGAGCUGUUCUGCCAACUGGGCCACUUCAGCCUCCUCCUGGAGGAUUAUCCGAAAGCAUUAUCUGCGUACCAGAGGUACUUCAGUUUACAGUCGGACUACUGGAAGAAUGCUGCCUUUUUGUACGGCCUUGGUAUGGUCUACUUCCAUUACAAUGCAUUUCAGUGGGCGAUCAAAGCCUUCCAGGAGGUGCUGUACAUUGACCCCAGCUUCUCUCGGGCCAAGGAGAUCCAUCUGCGCCUCGGACUCAUGUUCAAAGUCAACACAGACUAUGAGUCAAGCCUAAAGCAUUUUCAGCUGGCUUUAAUUGACUCAAACCCCUGCACUUUGUCCAAAGCUGAAAUUCAGUUCCACAUCGCUCACUUGUAUGAGAUCCAGAAGAAGUACCGAGCUGCCAAGGAGGCGUAUGAGACCCUCCUGCAGACGGAGAACCUCUCGGCACAGGUGAAGGCCGCCACGCUGCAGCAGCUGGGCUGGAUGCAUCACACGGUGGAGCAGCUUGGAGACAAAGCCAGUAAGGACAGCUACGCUAUCCAGUGUCUGCAGAAGUCGCUGGAAGCCGACCCAAACUCGGGCCAGUCCUGGUACUUCCUGGGCAGGUGCUAUUCCAGUAUUGGCAAGGUCCAGGAUGCCUUCAUCUCCUACCGCCAAUCCAUCGACAAGUCUGAGGCCAGUGCUGACACGUGGUGCUCAAUAGGCGUGCUCUACCAGCAGCAGAACCAGCCCAUGGACGCCCUGCAGGCCUACAUCUGCGCGGUGCAGCUGGACCACGGGCACGCUGCCGCCUGGAUGGACCUGGGUACCCUGUAUGAGUCCUGCAACCAGCCCCACGACGCCGUCAAGUGUUACAUCAACGCGACACGCAGCAAAAACUGCAGCAACAGCGCCGCACUCCUGGCCCGCAUCAAAUGCCUGCAGGUAUGCCCUCCCCCUCCCUCUUUGCUCUCUCUUAUGACUGCAAUGUUGCCACUAUCGAUGCCUCUGCGUCCGCCUUCACCACCCUCUCCCCCCCGUACCCCUGCAGGUGGCGUUGGCAUCGCCGCCACCCAGCUGUGCAAGACUGUGAAUGAUGUGACCGUGUUUGGCACAGCGUCCGCCAGCAAGCACGAGGUCAUCACCCAAGUCGGGGUCACCCACCCCAUCGACUACCGCACACGGGACUAUGUGGAGGAGGUCCGCAAGAUCAGCCCCAAAGGGGUGGACAUCGUCCUUGACCCUCUGGGAGGUUCGGACACCCACAAGGGAUACAACCUGCUAAAGCCCAUGGGAAAGCUCGUCACCUAUGGUGCCGCCAAUGUGCUGACGGGUCCGAAGAAGAACCUGUUUGCCAUGGCGAAGACCUGGUACAACCACUUCUCGGUCAACGUGCAGAGCCUGAUGAACAGCAACAAGGCAGUGUGCGGCUACCAUUUGGGGUACCUGGAUGGGGACAUGGAGAUCCUCUGGCAGGUGGCCAAUAAGCUACUAGACCUGUACCGUCAGGGCAAGAUCAAGCCCCGCGUGGACUCCACCUGGCACUUUGAGCAGGUGGGCGAUGCCAUGCGGAAAAUGCAGGAGCGGAACAACAUCGGCAAGGUGAUCCUCCUCACCGAGCCCAUGAAGGAGGAGCCCAAGAAGGAGGAGCCCAAGAAGGAGGAGUCCAAGAAGGAGGAGAAGAAGGAUAAGAAGGAAGACAAGAAGGAGAAGAAAGAGGAAAAGAAAGAGGAAAAGAAGGAGGAGAAGAAGAAGGAGGAGCCCAAGAAGGAGGAAAAUUGAGAACGUGGGGCCUGUAGUAUUAGAAAAGGGGUUAGAUGCCCCUGCUGGGGGGGUGGGGUUUAUUUUUUGGGGUGGGGAGGUGGGGUACAGCCUAAUUUGACAUCAGCCUGAGUCACCAAAAGCUGCUCUUGGCCCUCCCCCCCCCCCCCCCCCCCCCCCGAGCGCUCAUGUUUACUCCACCCACCACGACGCAACAAACUAACCACUGUGCUUCUAGGCACCCCCAAUGCAUGGGGGGGAACCGCACGGGACUCUGGGAAAUUUCCCCCAGCCCUGGCAGAUGGCCGUCGCCGCGACGACCGCACCACCCUGCUCGUGUGGUACCUCCCCCGCUUUCCACCCACCCAUUUUGCAUGAUGACGUCAUAAACCCUCCCUUUACCUGACUUUCAACCCCUCCCCGCACUGGCAAUCAGAGCAAUGCAGACUCACAGAGAGAGCCCGGUUGUGUGCCUCCACCCACCCCAGCUUAACGGUCUCCCAGAACCGGCGCUGCUGUCCAGCAAAGCAGGGUGAUGAGUCAGUCCAGCGGCAGAUUGGCUGUUUACAGCUGGGAUGGCUCUGCAUGUAUAUGAGCCUGCUGAGCUCGGUAGAGCAUGCUGAUGGAGAGUACUUAUUUCAGUCCACCAAAGGCCUCCCCUGUUAUACAACACACAGCCCCCUCCCCUUCGUCUUUCAUACCGUAAGAUCGAUCACCUGCUGGAUGAGGGGAAGGGGACAAUUUCACAGUUUUUAAAGUACUGAAGGUUUUACUCUUAAUGGUGUCGACCUGUCUGUUGCCCAGUGCAGCCAGGAUAAUUCAAGCAAAUAAUUACAAAGAAAAAUUGCCCUGCGCUACCAUCAACCGCACGCUCCUAAUUAAAAGCAAGUUUUAACAUUGAAAAUAAUGUAGAGAAGAAAAUAGGGAAUGAAAUUCCUGUGGAUCUGUGCCCUUUUUCCUGCAUCCCGCCCUCCCUGAUUCACUCGCCAUAGCAACCACACUUCUCCAUGGCGACUUGGGUAGUGGUUAGAGGUCGCUGUGAAUACUGACCUCACGUGUGAAUGCCCUCACCAGCUCCCUCGCUGCCUCUUCAUCUCCUCAUCUUCCAUCACCUUUCCGGCAGUCAGCAUAGCAACUGGAAUCCAAUACUUGUUGCUAGGGUCUGUCCUCCCCACCCCCAUCUCUCCCUAGGGAGGGACGGCAGAUCCACAAGCUAGGAAUGGGCUGCUGAGGACGGUAAACUAGGGGCAGGGUGUGAGUCAUUGUCCGCCCAGACAAUUUAAUCUGAAGAGGUGUCCGCAACUCUGCUGUCCAGCCACAAGGAGGCGCACUGCCUUAUACUAGACCUGUGUGGACACAGAGCAUUACCAGAAUCCCGCUCACCCCCCCCCCCCCCCCCCAAUUUAUUACGGUAUAUCAGAAGCAGAGGCGGAAAGUCCAAGUCCAGAAUGUACAAAUCCAGAUCAAGAUUUUCGUUCAACCAACCAGUUCAGUAUCAAGAGUCACAGUCACAGGGUACCCAGCAGUUUGGUUUAAAGAAAACCUCGAUCUGGAUUUGUACCUUCUGGACCUGAACUGGCUCCUGGUAUUUCCUGUUGUGUGCACCCCCACUGGAGCGACGAGUCACUGGAUUUAAUAAGAAGCUACGUUCCCGUUCCUCCUCAUACCCUCUGCUGACUCCGGGUCUUUCUGUGGGUCUCUUCCGGUUUUUGGUGGCUCAGAGCUGACUAGCAACUUUGUAAGGAAUCAAAAAAAAAAAUGUUCGUAUGAGUGACUUCACUCCUGUUCUGUGUGUUGGCGAGUGUUUGGACGCUCCAGUGAUGUUUUAACGCUUAAAAUACCUGUUCCUUUUACCUGCCCUGUUUCUCCCUAUUUCCUUUCUCCUCUGUCUUCCUUGCUCCCUCUUUCUUGCACUUCCGUUUCUUCAAGGCCUGUGCUAAGACGGUUGGUUUCAGUAUCUUGCACCCUGCUUUCUGGCUCAUUGCCCCCAUCCAGGGUGGAAAUCACGCAGAUUCAUGGCUUUGUCUCUAGCCUGGUCACUGUGGGCUCUCCUUCGACAUUCAGCCACACAGAACAACAGACAUUACUACCCAUUAAGCACAUUAUCUCCAGAGUUAGAAACAAAUCCAUCCGUUUUGAGGGGGCUGGGGGUUGAUGGUUGACAGAGCCAUGAAAUCGCUCAUGUUUCCACCCUUGGUCUUGGGGACCGGCUUGUGUUCCAUCUGGUUCCGUUGCAUUCUGCCGGGUUCUUGGUGUUACUGUGAAUGGUGGUUCCGUCGAGAGUAACGUGUGAGUAACAAAACGCUUAAGUGAAGGAUGUUGUACUUUAUAUCGUUGUUUUUUUUGUUUUGUUUUCUGUUCUGUGACACAAGGGGUUAAAGUUCAAAGUCACUUGUGCUUAAUUAAAGCCCGCUAGUUUCCUUUAAUGUGAUAAUAUGAUACCUUGUUUCGUUCUGUUCUGACUAAAUGUGCCAAAUUGUAUGUAAACUACUGUCGACGCCUUAAAGACGACUGUGCAUUCGACGGCGAAGGAAGAAAAAUCGAGUCAAAAAGCCAAAUAGAUUUUGUCUCUCUUAACGUACCUGAGUUGCUUACUAAACAGCAUGCAUGCUUUUCCUACGGUUUACACACAUGCAGUCUUUUGGAUCCAGAAUGCUUCUGGGCACCGGACCUUUUGAUACAGCUGAUUUUUCGGGCGUUUUUGUAACUCCAGACUGCAUCUACCCCUUGCUGUCCUGGUCAUGGACUUCGGUGCACCAUGUUCCUCCCACUAAAAGUUUUGCCAGAUAACAGUUUGUUUCUGUGAGGUGGGGGGGUGGGGGGGGCGGCAAGCAGCCAUUAGUCUCCGGGACAUAAUUUCAGUUGUGUGUGGAGGUGUGGCAAGCAGGAGAACACAGAAGAAUGGGGGGGGGGGGGGAUGGCAAUUUUCAAGGUCCAAGGUUUGAAGAGAUUUGUCAAGUGUCACGCCCCUCCCAGGCUCCCUGCAUCUUUUCCUGUUGCUUUAAGGGUUGCUCUGAGCUACUCGCAACAUGAGAGAGGAAGCAGAUCCCGACCCCCCCCCCACCGGGCCCGCACUUGGCUCGCCUUCCGGGUGCUUCCAGUUGCACACAUUCCCAUUUUCCUCCACACCCUGGACUGUGGCCGCUACCACGGUCGCUAUCCUUUAGCGUGAGGCAGACAUGUUAAUUUGCCCCCUCCUCUAGGGGGCGACAUGUAGCUAGAGGGGCUGUUCGCAUGAGCCAAAACAGCUUUCAGAUUAAUGAAGAAUGGGACCUGUCUCAGUGGACUGGGGUGGGUGGACUGUGUUUGUGCUGGAAGGGUCAGCACUGGUCUGUCGGAUGAUCAGUCCCCCACCCCCGUGUGCAGGCCCCUGGUGCUGGAUUGGUUUUCCAGAUUUUUCUACACUGCGUUUUCUGUCGCUUUCUUCAUCCCGGAAGCUAAAGAAACAAAUAAUUAUUAUUUUUUUUGGUGGUGGGGGAAGGGAGGCGUGACUCCCCGCGUGUAGCACUGUCGAUGCCACACACUUGAGAUUGAUGGAGUAAUUUAAUAACCCCCCCCCCCACAGGCUGCACGUUUGCUGUGAGGUGCCUGGCGGCUUUUUUCUGACAAUAUUCUGACUUGUUUUAAUGUUUUUCUCCCUCCCCCCCCCCCCCACUUUGUACUUAAACCCUUAGAGUAAGUGCUGCUCUCUGUGCUUUGAAUCCGGGUCGACCACGUCACGCGAUGCUGUCCACACGCACUGGAAUUUGUGAUGCUUCUGUUACAUUACCAUAUGCCUUACAUGUUUUCCAAAACUAAUAAAAAGCAUAGCAAAAAG